AUGGGAGUCUUUCGGAACCGUGGACUGGAGGAGAUUGCAAACAACAUACUGCUGCCAUGUAACUAUGCAACACAUGGCUGUGAAGUAAAGCUUAUAAUCACUGAGAGGAGGCAGCACGAAGAGUCGUGUGAAUUCCGGCCAUACUCCUGCCCGUUUCCAGAGAACUGUUGCAAUUGGCAAGGUUCUCUGGAGGAUGUGGCCCCUCAUCUUAAGAUAUCUGAUAGAGUGACUUUAAGUAAUGAAGAUGAGGAUGUUAAUUUAACAAUUGGAGACAUCAAUAAGCCAGGACCAGUUUUCUCCUGCAGUAUGCUGUCGCGCUUUGGCCACGACUUUAUUGCG